CCAAAUAAUCAUAAUUCAUAAACAUAUUCCAUUCCAAGAAAGAAAAUUAAUCAAAAAAUUAAUGGUCAUUAACGAAAAUGAUUAAAGAAAAAUCCGAAAAAGACAUGACAACCACAACCACUCUCCAUCCCUACCAUGAAAUUCAAAACAACAGCAAAUGAUUUCUUCAUCCUUGGCCAAUAAUGUCACAACGAGCUAGUACCUCAUGCAAUGAAAGUUGUACGUAGUUGGAGGGAAAUUUCAGAUCUUCUUUCGUUUUCAAAGACCCUUCCUUAGGUAAGAAAUUCAUUACUCCAUAAGCAUAAAUAUAUUCCAUUUCCUGUUCAUUGCUUUUUCUUCUACUGCAAGUGAAAAAUCCGAAAUAAGGUUGUUGUUAUAUGAUAUCUAACCUACACUUGCUUUAUACGUACUCCCACCACCAUUAUUCUACUCGAUCAUCUUCUGAUCUUCAUAAUCUACCCUAGAUUAUCUUUAUCGUUUCUCUAGCUCAUCUUUCUACUCUGAUUACUGAUUAAACAUCAUCAUGCCAUUUGGGUUGGUUUCGGCUUGGAAUAAGAGAAGAAGAAGCAAGUCAGAUGAUCAUCUUGAUCCAUGGGUUUAUAGACCUGUGGAGUAUUGGAAACUUGAAAAUGAACAAAAGAUUCAAAACCCACCUCAGAAAAAGCACCAUGGAUCUUCGGUUUUUACAUUAAAGGAAAUGGAAGAGGCGACUUGUUCUUUCAGUGAAGAACACUUAGUGGGAAAAGGAGGAUUUGGAAAAGUUUACAAGGGAAAGUUGCAGUCUGGUGAGGUGGUUGCGAUCAAGAAAAUGGAGUUACCACCAUUCAAAGCAGCAGAAGGGGAACGUGAAUUUCGAGUUGAAGUUGAUAUUUUAAGCAGAUUAGAUCACCCAAAUCUUGUAUCUUUGAUAGGAUAUUGUGCAGAUGGGAAACACAGAUUUCUUGUUUAUGAAUACAUGCACAAAGGAAACUUACAAGAUCACUUAAAUGGAAUUGGGGAAAAGAAGAUGGAUUGGGCUGUGAGACUUAAAGUGGCAAUUGGGGCAGCAAGAGGACUUGCUUAUUUGCAUUCAAGUUCAGCUGUUGGAAUUCCUGUUGUACAUAGAGAUUUCAAAUCAACCAACAUUCUUCUUGGUGAUGAUUAUGAAGCAAAGAUAUCAGAUUUCGGUCUGGCUAAACUAAUGCCCGAGGGUCAAGAAACUCAUGUGACAGCAAGAGUUCUUGGUACAUUUGGCUAUUUUGACCCCGAGUAUACAUCGACGGGAAAACUCACUUUACAAAGUGAUGUUUAUGCAUUUGGAGUCGUUUUGCUUGAACUUUUGACUGGGCGUAGAGCUGUUGACCUCAACCAAGGACCCAAUGAUCAAAAUCUUGUACUCCAGGUUAGGCAUAUAUUGAAUGACAAAAAGAGAUUGAGAAAGGUGAUAGAUCCAGAAAUGAGUAGAAGCUCAUACACAAUCGAGUCAGUAGCCAUGUAUGCAAAUUUAGCAUCAAGAUGUGUACGUGUUGAUAGUUAUGAAAGGCCAUCAAUGGAAGCAUGCGUGAAAGAACUCCAAAUUAUCAUAUACACAAACUCCAAAGGCUUGGGCAUGGCUAUGCAUGCAUUUAGAAUGUUAUAAAGAUUCGGUAGACUCAAUUUUAUUUCUAAAAGUAAUUAUUUUUCCUUCUUAUAAACAAGUAUAGCAUAAUGCCAUUGAAGCUUUUGGUGUUUUUCAAAGAAACAUGAGGAUUCCACAAACCCUAAUAGAGAAAAAAAAUAGUUUAUAUUUUGCCCCCAAACACAAAAGUUUGUCGAUAUCAUGGCUCUCAUUUCAAGUACACAUCAUGUUCUUUCUGCUC